AUGGAUGCGGCAGCAAAGUAUUUGGCUGAAAAUGAAGGCAAAUACGAGCCUAUGUCUGAAACCGAAAUGAAGAAGAUGGUCAGGAAGACCGAUCUCUUUUUGAUUCCCGUUUUGUUGAUCACUGCGACGAUGGGUGCGGUGGACAAGGUUGCUUUAGGUACUGCAGCGAUUUUCGGUCUUCGUACCGACAACAAUCUUGUGGGCCAGCAGUACUCGUGGUUGAGCACGAUUCUUUUUAUCGGUUCUCUUGUGGGUAUGUGGCCGAUGUCUUAUCUCAUCCAGAGAUACAAGCUAGGCAAGGUCAUUGGGAUGUGCUCUUUGACGUGGUCAUCACUAACGUUACUCCUUUGCGCCUGCCACAACUUCGGAGGUUUGGCGGCAAUCCGGUUCUUAAUGGGCUUUGUUGAGUGUGCCAUUGUUCCCGGGUGCUCCUUGAUGGUGUCGGUAUUCUACGUCAAGCACGAGAUUCCACAUCGUACGGCUAUUGUGUUCAUUUUCAUGUCCUCGGUCAUCAACGGCGCUCUUUCUGCCUUGGCGUCGACGUUUGGCAACCACAUUCCCACAUGGAAGUACAUUUUCAUCUUGAUUGGCUCUGUCUCCGUUGUCUGGUCUGUCUUUGUUCUCUGGUUUCUCCCAGACUCCCCAAUGAACGCCAAGUUCCUCACCGACCGGGAGAAGUACUACGCGGUCAAGCGUGUUGCCGAAAACAAGACCGGUGUGAACAACGACGAAUGGAAGUGGGCGCAGGUGAGAGAGGGUUUCCUCGACGUGCGCAUGUACAUUGUGAUGCUCUUCAACUUUGGGAUCAACAUCCCCAAUGGGGGCUUGUCUGCCUUCUCCUCCAUCAUUAUCCGGAACCUCGGCUUCUCCUCCGUUAAGUCCUCCUUGAUGGGUAUCCCCACCGGUGUGAUUGCCUCGAUUGCCACCGUGUUCUUUAGCUGGUUAGCCGCCCGCUGGAAGAACAGACGUUGUCUGCUUGCCAUCAUCUCUUUGGUGAUCCCGUUGAUCGGGUCCAUCAUCUCCUACACGACCCCUCACUCGAACACCGCCGCCCAGCUUGUCGGCCUCUACUUCCAGUACUUCUACUUUGCCUCCUACGUCGUCAUGAUCUCCUGCGUCCAGGCCAACACCGCCGGCAGCACCAAGAAGGCCAUCACGUACAGCUUCAACUACCUUGGCUACUGCGGUGGUGCAAUCACAGGGACCCAGACCUUCCGGGCCAACCAGGCUCCCCGCUACACGGGGGGAUUUAUCUCCAUGCUUGUCGGCUACUGUGCCUGCAUGCUGUUGAGCGGCACUUACUGGCUGGUCUGUGUCGUCCUCAACAGACGUAAGAAGGCUGCUCUGCAGACCCUCUCGGGCGACAGCGAGGCCGUUUUCGAGGUCAGCGGCGUCGAGGAGGAAGAGGUCGCCGACCUCACCGACAAGCAGCAGGCUCACUUCUUCUAUACCACCUGA